GAAUCCUCUCAUCGUGGUCGUCGCUUUGGCCUCGACCGCAGCCGUUGUGACCAUCACCUUAUUACGUUAUCGACGACAACGUCAUCAGCGACAAAUGUACCAGCAAGAAAUUUCCAUGCGGGGUUUGACUCGGGGUCAAGUCUUGGAAAUUCGUCGAGCGCAUUUGGCUAGCAACCUCUCUCUUUCCUUCUCCCGCACCCCAACUGGUCCUCUCUGUGUUUUAAGUGGCGAGGGCGCUUAUCUGUAUGACCACCACGACAAUGGUACCUGCACACCGAUCCUCGACUGUGUGAACAACGUGGCCCACGUCGGGCAUAGCCACCCCCGCCUGGCCCGGGUGGCCUUGGCCCAGCUCCAGGCUGUCAACACCAAUACUCGUUACAUGCACCCCACGCGUGUGGCUUAUGCCCGCAAGCUAACUGCCACCUUUCCUUCCCCGCUCCGCGAGGAGGGCGUGGUGUUUUUUGUCAACUCUGGAAGCGAGGCCAACGAUCUGGCCCUCCGCAUUGCCCGCUGCCACGCCGGGGGGUCCCGGGAGACGAUCGUGCUGGGCUCUGCCUACCACGGGCAUACAGAGAGCUUGAUAGAGAUCUCGCCCUACAAAUAUCAAGGCAAAGGGGGCUUUCAUCCGCCCGCAUACGUGCAUCAAGUUUCCGCCCCUGACAUGUACCGUGG